AUGGGUAAAAAUCAGGCGCAAACAUCCGAUGACGAUGAUCUCGAUGAAAACAACUUUGUGGUCGAAAAAAUUCUGGAUAUGAAGGUGAAAAAGGGACAAAACCAUUAUUUUUUAAAAUGGAAAAAUUUUGAUGAAAGUGAAAACACGUGGGAACCCGAGUCCAAUUUAGAUUGUCCUGAACUAAUCUCUGCAUUCCUUGCCACACGUAAAUCAACUCCUGCCCGUACAUCAUCGUCGCUAAAGGCAACGUCAACAGCAUCAAGCUCUAAACGUAAACUCACACAAACACAGAAUGAAGAUGAAGAUAGCUCUCAGACAACCGUUUCGUCAACCGAAUUGAAUCACGAUCAAACAAAUUCACAAUCAGCUAAACGGCCUAGAAUUGAACUUGAACAUACGGGCUAUAGUCGACAACAAACAGUAGAAAAAAUAAUGGGUGCAACAGAUAUUUACAAGGAAUUAAUGUUUCUGAUCAAAUGGCAAGGUAUUGAAAAGCCCGAAUUAGUACCAGCUCGUAUAGUCAAUAUUCAAUCACCACAAAUGGUAAUUAAAUUCUAUGAAGACCGUCUAACAUGGGCAGAUCCACAUGCCGAAAAAAAUUGA